AUGCGCCGAAAUGAGGCGAAGAUUGUCGACCGGAGGAAAGAUCACGUUUGGGUUGUACACAGAUCCGCACGAACAAUUCAAAAACACGAAGGAUAUACUUCAGGAAGUCUUUGGUCUUUCCAUCCACUUCUGCGUUCUGAUCAACUUAUAAAUCAAGCGCUCCCGGAAAUUGGCUUGAGCAAAGGAAUCGUGUUUGAUCAUCACAGAUCUUCCCAAUUAUAUUACAUCGAUGCUGCAAAUCAGAGAAUCCUAUCGUUCGCUUAUGAUAAGGAAAACCGAAGGGUUACUAGGUUUACACGUGUCCUCUUUGACUUGAAUGAAUGGCAUCGAAACCUUCAACAUCCUCUCUACAGCCGUCAUGUCACACUGGGUGCUAUGACCCUUGAUACCAGAUAUCAGCUGUGGGUGCCUCUUAUUGGAGGUUCACAUGUCCUGGAAAUUGAUCCGACUAUUUAUAAUGGAGUGGUUCGAUUCAUUUACAUAAAUGCAGUCAAACUCAACGCAUGCCUUUUUGGAGGUGUUGAAUUAAAUAUUUUGUAUGUAUCUUCAAUGCCAUGUGGAUCCAAUGAAGAAUGUCCAUCUCACGAUGAGGGUGGUAAGAUUUUCGCCGUCUCUAACCUUGGCGAUGGUGUCAAAGGAAAUAGGUCGCCCAGAUUUGAUAUGCCUCCGGAUCCCCCGCCAAAACUAUUUGCCAGAAACCAUUACUGGGCGUAA